GGUCCUCAUGUUUACAUGGAGGUUGUAGGCUCACCCUCUUACGGUAGUCAAACGCAUCAUCUUUCAGGAUUCAGGACCAGAACUUUCUAGACGUCAACCACGAGAAACCUGGUAGCGGACUCAUGGCAAGCAAUAGGAGUUUUACUGACAAUUUCAUAGCCGAAGACCCAAAACGAGCUUUGGAGGAGCUCAAUGUGGCUUUAGGCGAGGUAUCGGACAAUGCAGAGUGGCUCUGUCAGCGGGCUUACGCACACAUACUGCUCAAAGACUACAACAGGGCAAUUAAUGAUGCUAUGAAAGCACAGCAGCUUCAGCCUGGUAUGGUCAGUGCCUUCUUGAGAACAGGAAUUGCAGAAUAUUAUCUCAAUGACAUUGCUGCGGCACACAAAUCUUUUACAAUUGGACAGGAGCUCGAUGGUUCCAAUGAAUCCUUUGAUAUGUGGAUCAAGAUUUGUGAAGAGAAGAUGGCAACACAGAACCAAAAUGGAUCCUCAAAAUUGCAAACUGCAGCCCCACAUGUCAAACAUGACUGGUACCAGACAGAAUCUGAAGUCACUGUCACCAUAAUGGUAAAAAAUGCCAAGAAGGAGGAUGUUAGCGUCACCAUUGAAGAGAAGCAGCUGAAGGCAGUGGUAAAGCUUCCUUCUGGACAGGAUUACUGCCUAUAUAUCCACCUUCUACACUCUGUGGUUCCUGAACACAGCACUUACAGGGUCCUGUCCACUAAGGUUGAGAUUAAGAUGAAGAAGACAGAAGCCAUCCGGUGGGAGAAGCUGGAAGGGGAAGGUAUCCUUCCUGAUGUGAAGCACUUCUCUCACUCUCAGAACCAGUACCCGUCCUCCUCCCACUACACUCGCAAUUGGGACAAGCUGGUGGGUGAUAUUAAGGAGGAGGAGAAAAAUGAGAAGCUGGAGGGAGAUGCAGCACUGAACAAACUCUUCCAGCAGAUCUACUCCGAUGGCUCUGACGAGGUCAAGCGAGCCAUGAACAAGUCUUUUACGGAAUCAGGAGGCACUGUCCUCAGUACCAACUGGACAGAUGUUGGCAAACGGAAAAUAGACGUGAAUCCCCCUGAUGAUAUGGAAUGGAAGCCAUAUUGAAGGAUUCCCAGAUUAUUCAACUGGUGCAACACACUUUCGUCACCACCACACAGGCCCUGUCCUUCCCUCCAUAUUGUCCACCCUGUGUCACUCACAAUUGGCCAGUCUCUCAGACCCAACAGCACUAGUUUAAACUAAUACAAACCACUUAAAUAUUUUACAUGGAUGCAAUUUGAGUGUCAGAGUAACCUAUGUUAAUGAGAAAAUGAAUGGAGAAUCACCACUGGUACUGAAGGUUAGUCUAGUACUCAGUUUCAUCUGGGUCUGAGAACCUGUCCCUAAGUGUUUUAGAAAUACCACACCUGCUCCUGUGAACACUUUUUCUUGGCAUGUUUAAUCUGUGGCGAGAGACUGGCUGCAUUUUGAGCAUCUCGUACAUAACAGAUGUAUUUAAGAUCUUUAAAAAAAUCUUUUAACUGUGUUCAGUCUUCUGUUCAGUGAUUUGAGAGCUUGAAUACAUUCUCACUUGUCAAGCACCUGUGCCUCAAGAUACAUUUUAAUAAUUUGUAUGAUGUAUUCAAGGGAUCAUGCUUUCUUGAAUAUGAUUACACACAUUGUAAAUAAAUUUUUCUUGGUCUUGAAACUGCA